AGGUAUAUGAUCUUAUGAAUUCAGUAAAUGGCAAACAAAGAAAGGAGGAGAUCAUUAAUGUAUUGAAUGAAAGUGGCUUUGGGGGAAUGGUUCAUAUCUGCAACUGGAACAGAGUCCACACUUUCUUUGUGGAUUGGAUAGUUAAAAACUUUGACAAAGAGAACAUGUGGAUAGCAUUAAGCAAGACCGAGGUACUUCCAUUGAAAGAGGAAGAUGUACAUCGGGUCUAUGAGCUUCCAAUGGCGGGGAAGCAGAUUAACAUUGAUCUCUGCUCUGUUGAAGCAAUUAAGAGAUUGAGGAUAAAAUUAGGGCUGAAUGGAAAUUAUUCUGCUUCUGUGAGGGUGACUGAUUUGGAGUGAAUAUUGAAGACUCAAGAGAAUCCAAAAGCUUGGGUGAAGGGUGCAAUAUGUUUUAUAAAUCACAAAAUUUUGUGCCCAACUAAUAGUAGCUUCGUAUCUCUCCAAUAUACGCACAUAUUAGAAGAUCCAGCUAGGGUAUCUUCUUAUAACUGAUGCUCGCAUGUUCUUGAGUAUAUGAAAGAAGGCUUGCAAACUCCGAAAGUUGCAAAUCCAUUAGCGGACUUCCACUUCCUAAUGAUUAAUUACUUGGAGAAAAUGGGGAAGAGAAGCCCAUUCCUGACAGGAAAAUACAAGCGGCCUUCACUUCGUGAUUGGGAUGUCAAGGCGGCAAACCAAGACCUUCAGAAGGUCCAUGACCUUAUGGGACUCGAGCAUGGACUGACAGCUGGGGUAACUAGACUGUACAACACCGACGAAGGUCCGCAUGUAAUGUGUUUUGAUGCAGAUACCUGUCCACUCUCUAAGGCAGAAAUGCAUCUUAAUCAUUGUAGGUCUUGUAUACGGAUCUACACUACAGCUGCGGAAACCUUGGAAAGAAGAAUAGCUGAGGGAAAUGUUGGAACUUUUGUGAAAAAUGAUGCAGUUACAACAGAAACAAACACAACCAAGGAAAAUCCGAUUGAAGUGCAACCUGAACCCGAGGAGAAUAGAAGUUUGAGAACCCGGAAAAGAAAAUCAUCCAUACCACAAACAAGCACUCGAGGGGGAGAAAGAUGUAGCAGAUGAGAUGGAUGAUAAAAUCAUUGAUGAUAAUGAGGAAAAUGAAGAAGAUGAAAUUGAUGCCAAAAGACUUGAUGAAUCAGUGACGAAAGCAUGCAAUAUAGAUCUUUCUUUUACAC